AUACGAUUGCCGAUUGCUGUCGCGUUGCGCUUUCUUCGUUUUUUUCGGCUGCGCAAACUUAUAUUUUGUCGUUGUAAUAUUUUGCAUAAAUAUAUAAAUUAAAGCGCGUGACGGAACAACAAACAAAUAACGAAGCCAGCAAAGUAAAAGGGCGAAAAAUCGAAACGAAAACGAAUCGAAUUACUUUCAAAAAAGUGUGCGUGUGCGUGCGAUUGUGUGUGUGUGUGUUGUGUUUGUGCGACAGAGUGUGCGUGGGUUUGUGUGCAAAAAAAAAACAGAACGUGCAACAAGAAGCAAGAAGAAGAGCCAUCAGCAGCUGACAGACCAGCAAUAAAACGAAAUUUCAAUAAUCGCGAGUCAAUUUGAGAGUGCUAUUAAGAAACCAGAAAGAAUGCAUCCACGAUACAGUCCAGCCCCGCCCCCUCAGCAGCAGCAACAGAUGGGCGGACCGCUGCACCAGCAGCAGGGCGGCGGGGGAGGUGGAGGCGGUGGCAUGAGGGGACCAUCUAAUGCCCAGCAAUUGCCGCCGCAGAUUCCGAGAUCCCAGAACUAUUCAAACGGGAGCUCGUCUAGCGCCGCCGCCGCACCUCCAACAUCGCGCAGCGCCUUCCCCGGCGCCCCGCUCACCGCCUCAGCCGUCGCACUCAAGGGCGCCCUCCCACAGCGGCCACCGGCCAUGACAAGUCCCGCAGCCGCUGCCGCUGGCGCCGCUCUGGCCGCCGGUGCUCCAUACCGCGGCGCCGCCAGCUGGACCCCGCAGGGCUAUGCCCCGGCCGCUGCCGCAGCCGCCGCUGCUGUCGCCCAGCAGGCAGCCUACCGCUAUACGGCGCCGCUGCCCCAGCCGGCGUAUGCCGCCUAUACGCCGCACACGGCCACCACACCGGCCACAACCACGGUAAGUUUUCUAAACCAACCUGUGGACUAUUAUUGGUACGGUCAGCGAGUGCCGACGGCAGCCUCACCGAGCAACACCAACUCGAGCAGCUCCUCGAACACGGGCUCCCAGAGCGGCACCCUGAGCACCAGCCUGAGCAACACGACGAACACCAACACGAACAUGGGUCCCAACGGCACGGUACAGAAUCAAAACCAACAGGGCGGCGAGCAGUUGUCCAAGACAAAUCUCUACAUUCGCGGACUGCAGCAGGGCACAACCGACAAGGAUCUAGUUAAUAUGUGUGCACAAUACGGAACCAUUAUAUCAACCAAGGCUAUUUUAGAUAAAACAACAAACAAAUGUAAAGGUUACGGCUUCGUCGACUUCGAGCAGCCAGCCUUCGCCGAGUGCGCCGUAAAAGGAUUGCAGGGGAAGGGCGUGCAAGCUCAGAUGGCCAAAGUGGGUAUCUGGGUGCUUCAUAGGCCGGCCAUUCAACAGGAACAGGAUCCCACAAAUUUGUAUAUUGCAAAUUUGCCGCCCCACUUCAAAGAAACUGAUCUGGAGGCAAUGCUAUCGAAAUACGGACAAGUUGUUUCGACCAGAAUAUUGCGUGAUCAGCAGAUGAACUCCAAGGGCGUUGGCUUUGCCCGCAUGGAGAGUCGCGAGAAGUGCGAGCAAAUCAUUCAGAUGUUCAAUGGUAACACAAUACCGGGUGCCAAAGAUCCCCUGCUGGUUAAGUUUGCCGAUGGCGGACCAAAAAAGAAGAAUCUCUUCAAGACGCCCGAUCCGAAUGCGCGUGCGUGGCGCGAUGUCUCCGCGGAGGGGAUUCCCGUGGCCUACGACCCCACAAUGCAGCAGAAUGGAGUCAGCGUGAACGUGGGCACGCCCAUCGGAGUGCCCUACUCCCGCUUCAGCGCCCCCCAGGUGGGUGGCUAUCCAGUGGCCGGCUCACAGUGGAUACCUGGUUACAUGAUGACCCAACCGAUCACUCAGGUAGAUGAUCAGACUUCAUAUUCUCCACAGUACAUGCAGAUGGCUGCUGCCCCGCAGCUGGGAGUGACCUCAUACAAACCGGAGGCGGUUAACCAGGUGCAGCCCCGUGGCAUCUCGAUGAUGGUUAGCGGCGAUACGGGCGUGCCAUAUGGAACGAUGAUGCCUCAGUUGGCCACCCUGCAGAUUGGCAACUCUAACUUUUCUCCAUCGUUACAGUAUAUUAGUCCAACUUAUCCAUAUUAUGCACCACCACCAACUAUUAUACCAACAAUGCCAAUGACAGAUUCCGAACAGGCUAGCACAGCUGCAUCACCCGACGAGGCAUACACACAGUAUCCACAUCAAGCCGCUCCCAAAUAGGUCUUCGCGAGCUAUAAUAUAUUAGUACCCCAUUUGAGUACUAUAUAAAUUGGACGAGAGUGAGAGCAAGCCUGGUGGAAGCGGAACAGCCAAGGAGGGAGGAGAAUCAACAUCAAAAGCAGAGGAUCGGAUAAAAGAGUCUACAACAACCACCACAUGAACAACACUAGAAGAGGAAACUGCUGAAGCAACAACAUCGGCAGAAGAAUGAAAAACACAGCAUGCAGAAUCUAGAGAAAAGCCAUCCCGAAAAGCCGGGAAAAUCCCCGAGAGCGGUGGCAGAGAAAUAAUGUAUAAAUAAGGAGGUUGGAUGUGAGGAGGAAGUUUAGGGGGUUACAUGAAUGCGAAAAGUAAAGCCGGUCUCCGAAGAGACGAGCGCAUAAGACGCGAGAAAAAAGUGAAGAAAAGCAAAGACUAAACUUAAAUAAUAGAGAAUAGUUAUACACUAAAUAAACAACCAGAGAAGCAAAAGCAGUGCGGCAACCAUUGCCAAAAGAAACAGCGGCAAACGAGAGAAGAGCAGUCGAAAAUAUUUACAAAAAGAGAACUGCAGGAUGCGAAGAGAAAGCAAAGUCAAAGGAAAUUCACUUGGGGGUAGUAAGAACUUGAGGAAAUCUGCAGAGAGGAAAAAAACAAAAACUAUCGCAGAUUAGAGUUAAGUUAAUUUUGUUAAGCGCAAGAGGAAAAACAAUUGCAUGGGGGAAACCGAUGGGAAGAGCGAUGUAAAAAUAGAAGAGAAAAUAAAAAGAAACUAUUUUGCUAAUUUUGAGCUAGCAAAACCUAAGCAGACAGAAAUUUGUGAAGUGAAAGAUGGGAAAAAACCGAAACAGCAACAAAAACAAAAAUAAAUGUGUGUGCAAUGUAUGUUAAAAACCCGUAAGGAAAAACAGAGCAAAUAAAAACGAAACAAAAUCCAUUUCGAUGAUGAUAUAAACAAAGCAUAAAUCUUAAGUCAAACUGCAGCGGCAACAAAGAAACCCCCAGAAGAACGAAGAAAGCGCAACGAUGCGCAGAAGAAAGCAAAACUUUUUUACCUUAGAGGCAACGUUUUCUUUGUUGUGGCCUGCUAAUGAAGAUUUUUACGAUGAAACUCAGACUCUACCUAUGUUUUGUUCUGUUUGUCUAAUUUGUAAUAUUUAUUUUGUAUUUAUGUUGAAUCGUGUUGAACAGCACAAAGAACGGAAGCAGAGGAAAGCGUAGAUAGCCACAAAGAGAAAGGAGAUCUUUGGUUUGUUUUCUCCUUUUGUUGGUUUCUUGAACCAAACAUGCAAAUUGUAUAAAGCAAAGAUCCGAAGAAAAGAAAACAAAACAAAAAACAAACCUUAAAAAAGAAAUGUCUAUUUCCCCCAUUUGACAUUCGUUUUGUGCUAUCCAAGCAGUCAGAAAGAAGUAAAAAAAAAUGUAUGCAAAAGAAAUGAGAAGAAGCCUUUGAAACGGGCAAAAAUCUAGUAUUAAGUCUUAGCAAAACAAAAGUAAGAAAAUUGCAGUAAGCAAAAACAGAUUUAGUAGUUCUAGAGAUCUAAAAGAAAGCAGAAGAUGUGGAGAAUAAGCAAAAGCUUACAAAGACCGAGAGGAAAAUGGGGAAUCUUGUACUAGUUUUUAGCAUAUUUUUUGUGCUCAUCAGUCGAUUUAAUGAAUGAAUUUUUUGUAGCUGUCUACAGUUUUUUACGUUAACUGUUUUUUAGACAUAUUAAUGAGGAAAGUAAAAACCAACAAAAACAACAUAGAUAUAGUAUAUUUUUUCUGCAUAUGACGAAGUUGUUGAGGCAGGUGAAGAAUGAUGUUUGAUUAGCAUGGAAACCAAGAGGCAAACACUUUUUAAAAGGGAAUAGCGAAACAAACCGAGACAACACACAAGAAGUAGCAAAACACAGUAAACAGAAAAUAAAAUUUGAAACUGUAGCAUUGUAGUUUAGCUUUGUGAAGGUGAAGGUUGGAGAAGAAUGUACGAUUUUUUGAAGGAUCAGCUAGGAUCGAAAAGAACAACAGCAACAACAACAGCAGCAGCAACAACAACUGGCACAGGCAGUAGCAGAAAUGUAUAACAAAAACCAAGAAAAUUAAUGUUAAAUUACAAAAAAAAAAACAAAAUGAUGAAGUAAGAUAGAAGAGAAACUACGUUUAGUAAACUUAGUUAGUAAGCAAAGAUUUCUUUAGUCUUGUAAGCGUCUCUUAAGUAGAGUUGAACAUGAAGUUAAGUACGGAGUUUAGAAUUGAAAUUUAACCCUUUUCAAAGCCUAGCAUAUUUAUUUUUCCGAGACACACACACACACAUUGGACACAGAGACACAAAAACACCAACACGGACACACCUAUCAAGCCUAAGCAUUGUAUUUGUGAUUUUUUCGAAUGUUAAUUGAUUAGCGAAACACGAUGAGCAAAAUAAGCGAAACAAGGGAAACAUCAAGUGGGCGAUGUGGGUGGGAGAAAGUGUGGCGAAGUGAGAACUUUUUGAGAAUCUCCGUUUGAGCAAGGACACCCUCUCACCACAAACAACAUUCCUGAGCAAAGUCUUUGAUUUGAUUUUGAUAUAUAAAAAUUUUGUAUGUGUUGAUACGAUUUGAUUUUCGAGUUUAGAGCUGUCGAGUCGCCUAACUGAACUAUCUACAUAUAUAUACAUUAUAUAUAUAUAUAUAUACAUAUAUAAAAACGUAAGAAACACAACGCCAAAAGUCUUCCUAAGCCUAAAACCAAAACAACAACAAUGCAAAUGUUUUUUUUUUUCAUAUUACGAUUAUUUGCUUUAGACUGACUACGAACUGAAACUGUAACAAUAACAACAAAUGCAGGAUUGUAAACCCAAAAAUAAAAAGAAAAGAAAUGAAAAUGUAACACAAUACACCUAGAAUCACCUCCUGAAGUUAAUGCAGGCAUCGCAAAAGAUAUCUAUUUUGCCAAGACAUUCCAAAAGCGAAAUUGUUUAAAGAGAAAUUCGUGCAAGAUGCCUGCAUUUGUUGUCCUUUAAAAAGAAGAAUCACAAAUACAAGAACCACUCAUUGGAAGGAUAUUUUUGAAAGAUUUUCAAUCCUGUUUUCCUCGAAACAACAAACACAACACACGCACACACAUACACCUCCACCCUGCCCCACAAAAAAAAAAGAAAAAAAAAACUCACACACAAAGUGCAAUUUUCUUUCUGUAGUUUUCAUUGAUUUUACUUUGUUAGCAGGAAAAGCAACUUAAGCAAAUUAAGAAAGCAUUAAAGUCUAAGUUAUUUAUAAAUCGACGAAGGAAACGAGAUGAGCUGGGGCCGUGUCUUAUCGCCCCGCCCUCCCUAGGAAAGUGAAAAUGAAAUUUAUGUUUUAGUGAACGGGAAUGAAAUCGAGUCGAAGAAGCAGGAGAAGAAACCUAGUAUAUAAGAUCAAAGCCUAGUGCGUAAGUUUAGAAAAUCUAAGUACAGUGUUGACAAGCAAAGAAGAACGCAGAUGCGGAAACGAGUAGCGUAGAGAACGAGAAAAAGAAAUGUAGCAAGAAAGACGGAGUCGAGUAGGACAUAUGAUUUCUAGUUGGUAGCGAAAGGAGAAAGAUUAGUUGGUUAGUUGGAGUGCAACACACGUAGAAAGUUGUAGUUUUUGUGUAGUUAGAGCGACAGUGUUGAAGAAUGCCGCGUCGCACAGUUUGAGGUUAGGUUUAAUUUCUGAAAAUAAACGUAAGGAUGAGAUGAGUUGAGAUGCAUGGAUAAAAGCAAAGGACGUUGGCGAGGGUAAAACAAUAAAAAUCAACCGACGAGGAGUGUUCUAAUCUAAAAAGCUAUACUGACUUUUUGUGUGUGUAUUUAAAUCUACUUUGACAAGAAACCAAACUGGGAACUCGUUUGUUUUGCGUCUGUAUUUUGUUUUAAUUUAACGCGUUUUAUUUUAGUUUUUUAACUAAUUUUAAGUAGUUAAUUUAUUAUUUGUCUUAAAAUCGCCGAGACCCCAAUCAAAAUUCAAGAUUGCUUGGGUAUCUCGCCCCUGAUUGAAAACCUCUCGCAAGAGAAGCGAAUCGAUUAAAUUUGAUGCAAGUGUUGAAGUAAUUUUUAAAAUUCAAACAAAAAAAAUGUCUAGUGCGUAAAAUUGAAAACUAAAAACAACAAAAAUUUCAAUAAAAACUAAAAAAAAACACAAAAAAUAAA